AUGCUGCCCAGGAAAAGCCUGACGUCAGGGCUGGAGGCCGAGGACACUGACCUCAGCUGCUUUCAUUUUCAGGGCAGAGGGUUCAGGUGCAGGCCCUUGUCAGCAUGUCCACAUACAGUCACACGCUACACGAUGCUACAUGCAUUUGCGACAGGGCACGGCUCGAAACUGAAUGGAGCAACCAGUGGGAUGGCUCCACGAUAUGUACCAGCCGAGACUCCGCUGGAAGGGGUCCGCGUCUUCGUCGAUGGCUUGCAGGGCGAUUUGCGUGCUCGCGGCCUGCAGGCGGCCGACAGAAUCCAAAAGAAUAAGCCGGCGACGGUGGGCAAGUUGGAUGCAGAGCUCAACGCAGUGGCCGAUGAGCUUGGGGAUGAGGCAGCCGUUGAGGUGACACCGGGGCCCCGGCAGGGCAUUGUGUGCGUCACACUCCGUCCGGAGCAUGGUUGCCACUUCGCCUUCAGGGCCGGGCGCGGCAGGCAGGAGCCAGUGUUGCCAGGGUCCAAGCUGUCCCUGAAGCUCGAUGGGACACCUGCUGCAGCUAGUGGUCCGCCUCCCCUUCGCGUUUCCGCCGAGGGUGCGUGGAAUGUCGAUCAAGAUGGCCUGGGCGGAUGCUUGACGGUCACACCUCUAUUUGGGAACGGUGCCUGGCGAGUCCUCCCGAGCCUGGAGGCGGGCGUUGGCCUCGGGGGGCUCUUCGGCCUGAUACGCCCAGCUUCCCAGCGCAGCUACCUACAGGUUCCCUGUCUCCAGAAGGUUCGUAUAGACCCUCGCAGCCCGGACAGCGCCGUAUUCGCCAUAACACAACUUCACCCGUUAUGUUAG